UAGUUAUUUACCCUUUUAAGCUAAUUCCAUAAAUUUCUCAUGCUCGCUUUCUCUCCUGAUUCUCCUUCACACAAUUUUUAGUUCUCAGAGCUCGAAUGCUUCCUAUUUGCCGUUACACUGAAAAUUAGGUCGAACAAUGAGGACUUCUCUUUGUAGAGCGCUUGCUCAAUCCACAAGGAGGACUAGAAGUCGUUCCCUCCAAUUCCUGUUGCGGUCGUCUUACUCCAUUUCUACUUCUUCCUCCAAUUCUUUUGCUACUGAUGCUAAGCAAUCUACAAUUUCCCACCGGAAAUCUCCUCCCUUGCCCUCAUUCUCUGAUUGCCCUAGACCUAGGGAGAUUCCAUUUCAGGCUAAGGUUGCCAAUUCCGUCAACUUGGUUGGAUAUAUUGGUCAGCCCAUUCAAUUCCAGAUUUCACCUGAUAGCAAGAAUUGGGCUGCCACCGUCAUAACCCAGAAACCUUCUUCUGAUUCUCCUCCUUUGUGGAUACCAAUAAUAUUUGAAGGUAAUUUGGCUCAUGUUGCUGCUACCCACUUGAAAAAAGAUAAUUAUGUCUACAUAGCUGGACAACUGAUUGGACAUCCCCCUCCUAUAGAUGUAAUAGGACGUCAAGCCCAAAUGUGGAUUAUGGUAGAUAAUAUGAGCUUUGUCCAAGCGUCUUCCCAAAAUACGAAGAGCUACGGUCGUUGGCAGCAAGAUGGCAGCUACCCUUAAAGGAUAAUGAGAGAUAAAAUGGCCCUGACGUCAAGCACAUAGAAACUGGCAAAUCACUGUGGCUCAGCAGCUCGCCAACUUGAUUGCCGUUGCUUUCAGAGUUGCCACCAUUAAAGAGUGAACGAAAUGCUGCUGCCAGUGAGAGAGAGAUACUGCUUUCUUGAGCUAUAAAAGGGCGGACCCUGUAGUUUAUUAAUGAAUUGGUAAGACAUGAUGAUGUGUUGCGUAGUUUAUUGCAGUUUUAGCAUAUCACUUUUCUUUGGGAAGAAUCCUCAACUCACAAAUCAUUCUGAUAAUGCUGCAUAGGAAAUUGUAUCUUUUCAAGUUGAUCCUCUCGAAUAUCGGCAGUAUAUAUUAAGUGUUAUCCAUAUAGUCGACGCCGAGUCGUUUGGGAUUCAUGGUUAGCUGUUGUUGUAUUGCUAGCUUUCAACUUUCAAUUCCGCCCCAGAUUAUUAUACGACACUUUAAAGCGUGAAUCUUUUUGUUUA